AUGGACGACCUGAAAAAAAGAGUGGCUUACAAAGCAGUUGAUGACUACGUCCAGUCUAACAUGACCAUAGGACUUGGAACGGGUUCUACCGUUUUCUAUGUUCUCGAGAGAAUCGAAAAAUUAAUGAGAAAUGGAAAGAUAAAGGACGUGGUAUGUAUUCCCACGAGCAUCGACACGGAGAUAAAGGCGAGAAAUUUAGGCAUUCCAUUAACGACUCUGAAAAAGAAUUCCCAUAUCGAUAUAGCCAUCGAUGGGGCGGAUGAAAUUGACCUGAAUUUAAAUUUAGUCAAGGGACGAGGUGGGGCCUUAGUUCGUGAAAAGUUGGUUGCCGCUAGUGCAUCCGUGUUCAUAAUUAUAGUUGACGAAUCCAAACUGUGUGCGAAUGGGUUGGGCACAACUGGAGCUGUGCCAAUUGAAAUACUCUCCUUUGGACAUGAGAAAAUUAUCCAGAAUUUGCUAAAAAUUUCUGCCCUUGAAAAAUGCAGAUAUAAAUUAAGGGAAAAAAAUGGGGAAGUGUUCAUAACUGAUAAUAAAAAUUACAUUGUAGAUUUUUAUUUUUCGAAUCCUAUAGAGAAUUUGUUGGAAACGUGCAGGAAUAUAAAGAUGACUACAGGUGUUGUAGAUCACGGAAUUUUUCUUGACAUGACGAACGUGGCAUUGAUAAGUAAACACGAUGGAACAGUCUUAAAGUUGAAUAAAAAUGAAGCAAAUUGA